AUGUACUCCAUUGCAUAUCGAGCAGUUAGAAAUGCUACUGGUUCUUUAAUUUCAACUACACCAGGUACACUUCUAGAUAGCAACCGUCGAUAUUCCAUUACUUCUAGCAUUAUUAGCAGUAACAAUCAGCCGAUAUUGGGUAGUAACUCUAUGCUUACACGUCUGUCUUCUGGUAAACGUAACCUCGAGCCCAAGAAACGUGAUAAUACUCAUGUACCUAUGCUGUCUUUGGAUUCAGAUCAAGACAAUGUGUUUUUCAAAAGAACCAAACCUUCAUUGGCUGCUGAUAAAGAACUUGAUGUUGAAAUGAUAGAGUAUUUGAGGGCUUUAUUAGAUUCACAAAAUAUGUUGGUUAAGACAUAUAGGAUGGUCAGAGACAGGCCUGACAUAUUGUGUCGAUUGUUUAAAAUGAAGCUUGAUUCCUUACUCAAAGAUUUGAAGGAUUCUAAAUAUUUUGGUGAGAUUAACGCUGUUGUUUAUAUAGUAGAAUUUCAAAAGCGUGGUCUUCCUCAUGCACAUAUAUGCUUAUUCAUGAAGGUCGAUCACAAACUUCCAACCAUAGAUCACAUAGAUCCAUUUAUUUCUGCUGAGAUUCCCGAUAAAAAAGAAGAUCCUGAACUUUAUUCUCUUGGGACUGAUUAUAUGAUUCAUCAUCCGUGUGGGAAUGCUAAUUUGAAUUGUCCUUGCAUGGUUGAUAAAAGAUGUUCAAAAAACUUUCCGAAGAAAUUCACACCACAUACAACUAUUGAUUCAAGUGGUUUUCCUGUAUACAGAAGAAGAGAUUCAGGUCAUACAGUUAUAAAAUCUGGUGUUAGAUUAGACAACAAAAAUGUUGUUCCUUAUAACAAAAGGCUUUUGAAAAGGUAUCAAGCACACAUUAAUGUUGAAUGGUGUAAUCAAGCCGGUUCAGUGAAAUAUUUGUUCAAGUACAUUAACAAAGGUCCUGAUAUGGCUACUGCGGUAGUUUCUGGUGAUACAAGUUCAACCAUCAAAGAAAAGCCAAAAGAUGAGAUCAAGGAGUAUUAUGAUUGUAGAUAUAUUUCAGCUUGUGAGACAUCCUGGAGAAUAUUAUCUAAUGAGGUUCAUUAUAGGUAUCCUGCUAUUAUGAGGCUUCCCUUUUAUUUGCCAGGCCAACAGAAUGUUGUGUAUGGUACGGAUGACGAUAUUGAUAAUGUUUUAAGCAAGCCUUCUGUUGCUUCUUCAAUAUUUGUGCAAUGGAUGAAGUUGAACGAGACAAAUAAAGAUGCUAGAAAGCUGACUUAUGUUGAGUAUCCUUACAAAUUUGUUUGGAUACUUAAAGAUAGAUGUUGGCAAGUAUGUAAGUUGUACCAGUGUGUUGGCCGGAUUCAUUCUGUAUCUCCUGCAUUGGGCGAACCUUAUAUGUUGAGGAUACUACUUAAUAAAGUUAAAGGGCCUAGAUCAUUCGAGGAGAUACAUACAGUUAACGGUCAAUUAUUCCCGACUUAUAGAGAUGCUUACUAUGCGAUGGGACUCUUAGAUGAUGACAAUGAAUACGUUGAGGCCAUUAAAGAAGCAAGUUUUGAAGGACAUGCUGGGUAUCUUCGAGCGUUAUUUGCUACCCUGCUUUUGUCAAAUACUCUUUCACGGCCAGAAUUUGUUUGGGAGAACACGUGGAAAUACUUAGCUGAUGAUAUUGUUUAUAGACGUAAAAAAGAAACAAAUAUUUCAGGUUUAGUGCUUCCUGAAUAUCAGAUUAAGAACCUUACUUUGUUGAAAAUUGAAAACUAUUUAAUUUCCAAUAGUUCAUCAUUACGAAGGUUUGUCACUAUGUCGUAUCCUGAUGAUGAUUCCUUACGUGAUGCUUCUAAUCGUCUGAUCAAUGAAGAGCUGUCACACGACCUAGAUGAAGUACAAGCUGAGUUUAACAGGUUGCAUCAAUCUCUUACAGAUGAACAACGGGCGGUUUUUGACGAUAUAAUGGAAGCAGUUGUAUGGCGUAAAGGAGGCCUUUUUUUGUCUAUGGUUAACUGUGGAACUGGAAAAACCUUUUUAUGGAAGACUUUGGCUUCAGCUUUUCGAUGUAGAAAUGGAAUACUUUUAAAUGUGGCUUCAAGUGGUAUUGCUUCGUUAUUACUUUCUCGUGGAAGGACAGCUCAUUCUCGGUUCCAUAUCCCCAUUAAUCUAACAAAAGAUUCAAUGUGCAAUAUUAAGCCAAAUAGUGAUAUUGCGAGAUUAUUAAAGGAAACCCAAUUAAUCAUAUGGGACGAAGCACCGAUGGUACACAAACAUGCCUUUGAAGCUUUAGAUAGGACGAUGACCGACUUAUUUUCGGAAGGUAGGAGUAUUCGUUCGGAUAUUCCUUUUGGAGGUAAAUUUAUUGUAUUUGGUGGUGACUUUAGACAAAUACUACUUGUUAUUCCUAAUGGUACUAUACAAGAAAUUGUUAGUGUAUCUUUAAGCUCUUCAUACAUAUGGUCAAAAUGCAGACUCUUACGGCUGACUAAAAACAUGCGUCUAACUAUUGGAGCUGAAAGUUCAAAUAUGGAGUCUAUCAGAGAAUUUGCAAAAUGGCUUAUUGAUAUUGGUGAUGGAAACGUUGGAGAUGAUAAUGAUGGUGACACCAUUAUAGAGAUACGAGAUGAUUUACUAAUCACCGAUAUUUGUGACCGGAUACAAAGAUUCCUGGAUUUUUUUUCUGAGCGAGCAAUUCUAGCUCCCAAAAAUGAGGUAGUUCAUGAAAUUAAUGAUCGAUUGCUUUCGUUAUUUCCUGGUGAUACAAAAGAGUAUCUGAGUUCUGAUAGUAUAUGUCAAACUGAACAAAUUCUUGAUUCUUUUCAAGAAAGCUUAUACUCAAUAGAAAAUUUGAAUGCUCUUAAGAUUUCUGGCUUACCUGAUCACAUAUUAGUUCUUAAAGUUGGUGUUCCUGUGAUGCUUCUUCAAAACAUUGAUCAACAGAAAGGGUUAUGUAACAGUACAAGGCUUCAAAUUAGUUUUCUUGGUAAACGGGUUAUAGAAGCUGAAGUUAUAUCUGGUGGUAACAUUGGCACGAGAGUUUUUAUUCCAAGGAUUAAUAUCAUCCCGUCUAACAAAAAAAUACCUUUUCAAUUUCAACGACGACAAUUUCCUUUAUCAGUUUGUUUUGCUAUGACAAUUAACAAGAGUCAAGGACAAUCAUUAUCAAGGGUUGGUCUUUAUUUGAAAGAUCCUGCCUUCACUCAUGGUCAGUUGUAUGUUGCAUUAUCAAGGGUCAAGACCAGAGAAGGCGUUAAAAUACUAAUAUUCGACGCUGAUGGAAAACCAACAAAUAAGACUUCUAAUGUUGUUUACAAAGAAGUUUUUACUAGCUUGUAA